AUGUACAACUGCUAUUAUGUAAACGUUGUGGCGCUUCAAAACAAUCUUAAAAGCCGGGAAUCCGGGGAGUCUGUUCCUCCACAUGUGGCUGCGAGCAGGAUGCCCAGUCCUGCGCUCGGCGAAGAACAUCCAGAGCCUUCGACGGCCUCUGUACCGCACCACGAAAGAGUAAAGGAAGAGCACGACAAUUCCCCGCUUCCAACGGGAGAACGCCUCUGCGCUUCUCAACUCUAUUCGAUCCACGGCCCCUGUGUUCGCCAUGGGGAAGGCGAAACGUCUGACGGCGAGAAGGGUUUUUCUCGCUCUGGGGUGGCGCCUUCUGCGCUCGCCCCGUACAAUUCUUUGGUCGAUGAAAUUUUGUGUCGGGACGUCGCCUCGAGUCCAGGUGAAGACGACACGGACUCCGUGUACUCUUACUACUCUGCGCCCGACGCGUCUUCCUGUUGGCGCCGCCUUUCAGUUGAAGAUCUCGUCUCGGACAGCGAAGAGCUUCCUUUCCUGCUGUCGAGAGACUCGCGACACUGGCAUGCCACUGCGCGCGGGCUGCAAAGCAGCGACUGCGUCGCCAGCCCCCAGUGUCUGUCCAGCGGACCGUCGCCGAGCACAGGGAAUGCAGGUUUGCCUCUCCCGCCCGAGCGUCCACGCGGCAGCCCGAGUUCCCGCCGCAUUCGCCACGCAGCCAGCGGGCACGCCUUUCCACAAAGCGCAGCCGGCUGGAGUUUCGACCGUUCCCCGCCAACUCGGGUUCUUCCCCAAGACGCUGCUCCCGUCCACUCUCUGGGAGAUUCUCCCGACAGGAAACCCCUGCGCAGCCCCGUAGAGGCCUGGAACUGCCUCGGAGCCAAGGCCACGUGCGAGGCGCAGGAACGCGCAGGCGCGGCAGGAGAUCUUGGGGCGCCGGACCCGACGGGCGGAGAAACUGCGCGUUUUUGUGCGGACCUCCCGGCACGGCAGCAGACGCGCACCCUCGAUCCCCAAGGAGCUUCUUUCUUCCACGUUUCUGAAGAGGUCGACGGUCUCCGCGGGGACGAGGGGCGUGACAACGGAAUUCCACAGGGACCAGGCCUCACCGGGCACGGGCCGUGUGACGGGUACUUCCCUGAGCGCGACUCGCCGGCUCGGCUUUUCUCUCUGGGUCGUCCAGCCCUCGCUUCCUUCUCGUCGAGGCACUGGAAUCGCGGCGACAAAGCGCCCCGGUAUUUCCGCAAGCAAACCUUCACGGGGAGGCGGGUUCGGCGCCCGCACUCGUUCUCGCCUUCUCUGAGGCGGGGCUGCUCGGUCUCCCUGUCGCCCUCCCCCCCGGCCGCUCGCCCGGGCGCCUCUCCUACGAGCUGCCGUCUCGCUCCAGUUCCAGAGAGCGACACGCAACCUUUCCCGGAGUCUCCGCCUGGAGAGGUGUUUCGCUUUGGUCCUCCGGAGUCUCUUCGUUGGCGAGCAGCACACGCGGCGUCCCCUUCCCCAGGAGGCGCGCCUCCGCCCUACCCUGAAGAUGCCAACUCCUCGCUCGGGCUCAGAUGCCGACAUGGGCGCCCGGGAAGCUUUGCCGUUCACCCGUCGCUGGGUUCUCUCGCGUCGGCGUCCACGCACUCUCUGUUUCCUCUUCUCUCCAGCGCACCUUCGGCCGCGCCUUUUCGUCGCAUCGGAGGACCGCAUGCCCCGCCCGUCUCGCCAGCCCCGAGCAAAAACGCAGGCCUGGCGAACGUCUCAGAAAACGCUACGCCCGAACCACCUGAGGCUGUGGAAGCCGCGGAGGCGCCGGAGUUUUUGCCCGCGUCUGGCGUCUCACCCAGCUCCGCGGCGGUCUUCAGAGGUCCACCUCCUCCACCUGUUUCUCCGCCGCAAGCGUCGAGAGCGGGGAACUCGCCGCGUCCGUGCGAUGCUGCCUUCUGUCCCUUUCGCAGCGCUUCCGCCGUCUACGCGCACUACACGGGCAGACGGUCUCGCCGACCUUUUCCGUCGCGGAUGGUGUCUCUGGAUGCGCCGUCGGGGCUCCCUGCGCCGAGUCCAGAAAACGCUUUCGGGCUUCGCCGGGAGAGGAACGAAGAGCCCGCCGAAGCAGUCCACGACCGGGAAAGGGGAAACUGGCUUUCUGACGGAGACGUCCGAGACGUUCCAAACGGGGCUGCGCGGGAUCAGACGGUUCCUGAUCCCCGGCGGGAAGGAGCGUUGGAGACAGAUCGCGGGGACGCGUCUCGUGUCACUCCCGCAGAGCCCGCCACGCUUGCCAGCCUACAGUCCGGCGAACAGGCAAGCGCGGCAAGACCGCGCCUGGACCUCCCGACCCCUCCAAAGGGAUGUGCCGGACCGAGAGGGCCCAGUGGCGCUGGAGGCGUGUGCCCCGCUCCGAGGGUGCAUGCGUUGAACCAAGUUGACGCGGAGACAGACAGGCAUCUGGUAGGUCGACUCAGUCACAUCCACGCGGGCUGUCUCCAGGUCCAGCGGGAGUGUGCGAGGCCCUCCGAAAGGGAUAGACUGUCUCUUGCUGGCUCGCCUGUUCGUGAACCCCCGGAGGGUGAUUCCGCAGAGGGCGGCUCUUUCUCGGCUUCCAGGUGGCGCGUCGCGGAAGGACACGCGCAGCCUCGCCCGGGUGCCCCAGAGUGCAGGAGUCAGGGUGAGGGUGAGGCUGGGACUCCCGAAGGAUGCGCGGCCUUCAGCGGCGCCUCGUCCUCGGCCCAGAACACCCGUCGGCAGGACGAACGCGGCAGCCGGUUCGUUUCCCCGCUGUCCCCCUCUGCGCUCGAGGGGCCGUCGCGCCCCGUUCCAGGCAAACGCGAUUUCAUGGACCUUCUCUCUUCCCUGUCUUCCGUCGGCACCGACGCGUUCCUGUCUCCGGAGCGUCUCCGCACGCCUGCGGGCGCCGUGUCUGCAAGUGUCCUCGGCACGUGGCCUUCACCAAAUUCAGCGAAGGGCUCGCGAACUCCGCCCGAGCCGACCGAGGGAGUUCCGCGCGUCGCCGCGAGGAACCGCAGUUCGCCGUCGGAAGCGAAACGGGCCUUUCCAGCGAGGUCCCGCGGAGCGUCCACUCAGGUGUACAGACACUCAGAGGACGCAGAUGGCGCGAACCGGCCGACACACGCUCGCGUUUCGGAAGUGGACCAAAGGCGGACGAGGGCAGGACGCGGGGGAGUUGCGACGCCCACAAGCGACGCGUUCGAGCCCGACUCGUCUCCGUUUUUCGCCUCGGCGAGGGCCUCGCCGCGCUCGUUUGCUCCUCUCGCGGCACGCUGCGGCGACAGCCGCAGCGUCUUGUCCGGCAGUUCUCGCGACCGGCUGCCCGAGCUCGACAUGCCUAAGGUCUCCGAUCCUGCAGGAGACGGAGACGCCUCGGACAGCUCUGUCUCGAGUCGUGACAUGGGUUCUCGCCCCCCUUCUUUCCCGAGUCGGCGUGGAGACGCCACGUCGGUUCCUUCGCAUGCGCCGUCUUCCCUCGCCUCCUCGGUGGUUCUGCGGACGGAACGCUCGCGCAGCUUUCCGUUCUCGGCUUCGGACGCGUCGCUCCCCAGCCCGCGUCUCUCGGAUGCCCAAGGCCUCGAGCACUCGCGCCUCGUGCACGUGCGCCCUCGGAACGCGCAGCGACUCUCGCCGCGCCGGAGGGGUGCCAGGAUUCGCUCGCUGUCUGCCGCCGAGCGCGGCAGCAACAAAACCGAGGCUCGCCCCGCGUCCCCUCCAGAAGGUGGACCCGGCGGACCCGCGGUGCAUGCGCGCCGAGCCGGGGCGUCUCGUGGCCAAGGCUCAGAGGGAAAGCGACUGAGCAUCGAGGGACAGAGACGCAGCCGCGGAAUCGACGAUGGCGAUAUCGCGGCGGACUUUGUGAGCGCCCCGUCGAGCUCGCUUCCUUUCGUGCCCCUCUGCGAGUUGGAGCCGCAAGCCGGCCUCCUCUCGCCGUCUGCAGUCAGUUUGUGCUCAGCGUUCUCCGAGACCGGGGAUGGAUUCAGCGGCCUGCCGGGGUCGACCAGUUCUAGCGGCGGGGCCCUCGUUGCUCCGUGUGCAGCGCCUGGCGUUGACGUCUACGGCAGUCGCGUCUCGCGACGAGACAGCGGCGUCCUGUCUCUCCUGGCAGACUUCGUGGGGAGGCCUGGAGGGCGAGGCAGCGGGUCCGAGGAAAAGUACGGCGCGCCUCACCGCCCUCGGCGGUGCGCGGCCUCUCCUUCUGUCACGCGCCCCGUUCCGUUAGCGUGCGCCGUGUGUUCGUCUCUGGUCCCUUCGCAGGAGACGGCGGCGGGACGCGGCGAGGAGGGCGGGCGGGAGUUCCGCAACACCCGGCAGAGCGGCGCCCAGUGGAUAGCGAGCGUUUCGCGCUCGGUGCCAGCAGCUGGGCAUUUGACAGGAAACGCUGAACACCGGCUUGGUGCCGUGAACGCCGCCGCGUCGAGCGUCUCAGACUGCGAGCACGGUGACUCGUCACUCGCCGUGAGAGCGGCAGUGGAGGACGAGAGAGAAGAAGACCUCACGUACGUGCACGCAGGCCACGCGCAUUUUCCGCGGAGGCUCCACCAACGCGCUUGCGUGACGCCGCUCAGAGAAGAACUCGCCGUGCUGAGGCGGAACGGAAAGGCCGUGCUCUGCGACUCGUUCGAGACAGUCGUGCCGCUUGAGGCGUCGCAGACCCGCGCGUUUGUUCAACUGUUUUUAGAGCAGAGGCACCAGCUCGACGAGCUGCGGUCGGAGCUCGCCCGUCUGAGGCAGGAAAAGGAAUUCGCCCGCAGCGAGGCGCCGUCGGCGUUGUCUCUGCCGUGGCCUCGGGAACGACGCAGGCGAGAGUUUCUCGCGGCGCAUGCGGGGAGCGGGGCUGCUCGGCCCCCCCCCGCGGCGGCAUCGACAGGAGGAGACGCGUCGGUCGCGACGAACCCAGAGACUCGGAGCGAGAAGACAGGUCGAGGCGCCGGGAGCGCGCACGUCAAGAAGCCGCGAGACUCCCGGAACCCGUCGACCGACCUGCGAGAGGAAGAGCGCGAGGACAGAGCCGAGGACGUAACGCUGCAGACUCCCCUCUCGUCCGGGUUCGCCACGCCGCUGCUUUCCCUUCUCCCGGGGGCGCCUGCUUCCUUCUCGCCUGCCGCGGGAAACCUGCCGGGCGCUGUCUCCUCGGGGCGCAUUCAAGGCCGCGGAGCAGCGGAGACGGGGCGCGCGCUGGGCGGCGCGGGGGGUCCAGCACAGGAAACCGCGACGCAGGGAGAGACGGAAUCUGAAAGACUCAGAGAGGCUGCCAGGCAGAGAGAGGUGACAAGGCUGGGGCUGUCGACCGCAGAACACUCGGUAGCAGGCGCGACGGGCGCCUGUCGCGCUCCUCCAUUGGAGCGAGAUGCGACGUUCCUGUCGCCCGACCCAGACAGCUGCGUGGCCUUGGCGAGGAGGCACACACUGUCUUUCGCUUCAGAGACAAGGAGUAGAUGGAAUCUCCAAGCAGGCGAGGCUCGCGAGGACGGUGAGGACGGACCUGACGACUUCCGAGGCCUGCAGGCGCCGGCCGAGUCUCUGCAGGGUCCGGGUGUCUCUGACGCGUUCGGCGCGAGGAAGGCGCGAUCGCCUGGCCUGGGUUAUGGAUUUGCGUCUUUGCCCGCUUUGAGGGAUGUGACCCGAGGGAGUUGUCGGCGGGGCAGCGCCUCUCGAGAACCCGCGGCGGAACCCAAGACGGAAGCAUCCCUUCAUCGGAGCGUGACACUACCGGUGAAGACUGACCGCUGGUUCGCGGCUCCGGGCGCUGUGGCCUCGACCGCGCCACGGUCUGGUUCGCUCUUUUCCGGCCUCGAGGCGAAGCCCGUGGAGCGCUCAUCUGCGCCCUGCAAGCGGGACAGAGACGAAGACGACGAGGACGACUUCUGGCCAGAAGGCUGCACCAUUCGAACGCGCCUGCGUCUUCUCUGUGCAUUCGUGGUGGACGAGGUCUUCUCCUUUCGGCGCCUGUCUCCCAGCGAAACUCCCGCGUCUCAGGGGGCUGGGGCUCCGAAGGCCGGAAGCGCGCCGCCUUCCGGCCCAUCUCUGGGGGGAUCGCUCAGGUGCGGGAUCUCGCCGGGCGACGAACAGAAACAGCAGGGCGGGAUUCUGCAGGCAGUUUCCGAGCUGCGCGCCCCGCUGAGCGACGCUGUGCCCGGGAGCCUGGCUGCAUGCACGCCUUCUCGGCAGGCGUGGGAGCGCUCAGCAGGGGCCUCGCCGCUGCGGCGAGUGCGUUCAGCCACCGAGGCCAGCUUGCAGGGAGACGCGGGGCUGCGGUGGAAACGGACGGAGGCGGGGACGGAGAGAAGACACUCGGCGAGGUUCGAAGCGUCGCCCAACUUGGGCGCAGAAGGCUUCCGCGAAAGAAGGGGUCGGCGACAGCAUCUCGUCGCGCCGUACCCCGAAGCCGCACGGGCCGGGCGGCGCAUGCACCGCAGAGACAGCGAAGUUGGAGAGCCGUUUCCACCGCGCGAGGGCCUCGAGAGACCUCGGUCGACUCUGGCGCGACGCCUGACCAUCGGGGAGACGGCGGCGAGCAGGAGUGGAGGUUUUUCCGUGGCCUCGAAAGGCGAUGCGUUUCCCUGCAGACCCCAAAGCCGGAGUUCGUCCGUGCGUGCAGAGCCGGGUCCCCGACGUGUGCGCGAACCUCCGGUCAAGGACGCGCGCAAAGAAGUGAAGAGAGAGGAUCGGGGCGCGCACGGGGCGAAGAGCAGGAGCCCGCCGAGCACGAAGGCAGGCGAGAGUGACGAUGGCGGGUACUGCACGAUCCCCGAAACGCCGCUGAGGAAUCUGUGCAGAGUUCCCUACAGGCUGGAGCGCGUCGUUUACCUCGGCACUGCGCUGUGCCUGGACGCGGUGCUGUACGAGGUCACCUUCAUGCCCAUACAAGCGCUGGUCCUCGUUGCGCGCCUGGUGCUCGGCGCGCUGGGAAGACACUGCAGGAGGCCUCCGAGCGAGGAAAGAAGUUGUGCGGAGGCGACGCCGCCAGGCGGCUCCUUCGCGCAUGAAGACUUCCGAGAGCAUGCGCGUUUUACGCACACGGCUCGCGCGCGCGAGUGCGGCGGAAGACGUGCACGGAAUGGCGAGAAGGAAGAAAGAAGCGGAGGCGGCGACGGCGACGGCGACGGCGACGGCGGAGGGAACGGUGAGAAGCCUGAGCCUUCGGGCCAGUCGGUUGCGGCUGCGAGGCGGACUGUAGGCGACGGGGCGCAAGCGGAGACAGCCGGCAUGCCGGGAGGCGUUUCGAGGACGCGUGGAGGCGAUCGCGCCUUCGACUUCUGGAGGUGGGUCGCGCGCCGGGCAGAAAUCUGGGAUAUGCUGCGGCGCCUCUUCGUGCCUCUUCUCCUGGCUGUCCAAGUUCUCUUCGAGUCGCUGAGGGCCUUCACCCUCUCGGUGUCUCGGCAGCUGGUCUGGGGAGGGCGACGGCUGCUUCUCCUUCUCGAGAGUCGCAGAGGUCCGUGCCUGCCAAGAGAGGCGGGAACUGGAAAGGAGGCGGGCGCAGGCGAUUCAGAGGCGCUGAAGACCGACCCCGGCACAGCUCAGCUGCGGCGUCGCGUCGACAAGAAGAGCGGAAAGAAGUGCCUGAGAAAAAGAGGGUCGCGCAGUGCAGCGGAGGCCCAGCAGAGAGCGGCGCCCCCGCGACACGGUUCGGGCUUCUUCGAGGCUGCGGGGAUUUCUGCCUCUCGAGAGUUCUUCCUUCGUGUCUCCCGGCUGCUUCCCUGGAGGCCUCGUGCGUCGCCCGCGCGUUCUGUUUGCGCGGAAGAGAUGGAGACGCUCGCCAAGCCUCGCGCAGAACUUGCGCGAGGAAGGGACGACUUGCCUGGCCCGAAGGAGACGGUUGAGGCCUUUGGAAGGCGCAGAGGAAGCGGCGAUCCGGCCUCGCGAGGGGUGUUUCCGCCGACCCUCGAAAGCGCGAAGGGCGCGAGUUCCGGCUUCGAAUUCCACGACGCGCCGUACGUUCACGUCGAAGAACCCCGCGGGGCCCGUCACUUCGGAGGGGAUGCAAAAGAGGAAGAGACAGGAAAAGGUAGGCGCGAGGGAGGCGAAGCGGCGCGCGUCAGCGUCGAGCACCGAGAAAGGCGUGCUGCGGCGGGGAUUCCUGGCGAAGAGGAACUGAAAGGAAACGGCCCAAAAGAGCGCGAGCGAGAAGACGGGUGGGGGUGUGCGGUCAGCCAGCGCCUGCGCGACUGGGCCAGUCUUUUCGCGCUUGGCACUCGAACGUCGCCAGCGGCACAAAAUCUGUCUCGCGCGUCGCCCGCGUGGCGCGUCGCGUCGCCGACGGCUCGAGGCGCAGGGGAUUCAACAGACCAUUUUCGGCGAGGAGGCGGCGUACAGCUGGACAGGGACAGCGCGGCAGGAACAGAAGGCCCGCACAGGGAGGCGACUCGAGGGCUGGAACCCGAGGCGGAGGGCGGGGAGACUCCCGAGAAUUCGUUUCUGACGCCGUUGUUGAAGGUCAGUCGCACGGACCCUCAGCACUUGUCUCCAACUGCCAAGCGUCGUGCUGUCGCGGUCGCCUCACAUUCCUCUUCGGGCACCGAGGCCCCGGCGUUUCCGUUUGGGGCCGUGGAGCUGCCGCCGCCCCUCUCGCCGGCGGACGUGUGUGCGUUGGUCCGGUUUUCUCUUCUCGUGGCGAGCGUCUCGCUGUUUUUGCUCGUGGACACUUCGUGGGUGUACCACUAUAUUCGCGCGCAGCCGUUCAUGAAGCUGUACGUCGUGUUCAACAUGCUCGAGUUGUUUGAGACAAUGUGGCGGUCGCUCGGCCGGGACAUUUUCGACGCGCUAAUGCGGACGACGGUUCAGCUGCUGUCUCCGCAGCCGCAGGCGUCUCGCCUCUCGUGCCGCAGCGGCGAGCGGAAAGGAUACACCGCGCCGGCUGUCUCCGAAGUCGCGCCAGGCCGCUGGAAGGGGUCCGGGAGCAGCCGCGAAGUCGCGGCGGAAGCGGGGAACUUGCGCGAGGUCGCAGGAAGCGGCGAGGAUCGAAGCGAACAAGACAGGCGGGGCGAGCCGGAGCGCGGCGACGAGAGAGGCGAGGAGACAGAGGCGGCGGGGUAUCGGUUGGGCGAGAGACGAGAGGCGACAGACCACAGUUCCAGGGCGGCUUCAGGGGCUCCAAAAAGCGGUUUCGACUCUCAACGCUGUCAGACAGAAAGCCCGGUAGAUGUGAAACUGUCCUUGUGCGAAGAAGAGGAACCCGGUCACGAGUCGCGGUUUUUUUCGCUUUCGUGUGAACGGACGGCGCCUUUUGCAUCGGAAGACUUUCCUCGGGUGGCUGCGCUUCUCAAAUGCCACACGUGGGGCGGCGGCGAGCUCGGUGAGCAGUGCCUGGCUCUCCUGGAGAACCGCGAACCCACCGGAUGCUCAGGUCUUGCGAGUGUGUGGACCGAUUCGGGAGCGACAUCGGAGCCCGGAGAGCGCAUGGCAACGCCUCUCCUGCACGCGAGCAAAGAGUCCGUGCCGUCCAAGGGCGCUGCUGGAGCGCAAGAAGGCCAUGGCGUGUCUCUCUCGCAUGCGUCGCUUUCGGGAUUCUCCGCCUUGUUGGCCGGCGAAGGGCGUCCAGGCGGAAAGUUUUGUCGCUCGGUGGCGGCUCCUGUCGAUGCCGUGGGAUUUCUUUCGCCGCGCUCGCCUGCUGCGCUGGACACGUCGCGGCCUUCCUCCGUCGCGCAGAGCGUGCAGGAGAGCGCCGACGCCAGCGCUGCCACUCGGGCCCCUAAACCCGCGGUCGUCGCCUCAGAUUCUCCGUAUAUAAGGCGGUCGCGCCAGACGGCUUCUGGGUCAGCGCCGGCCAGCGCUGCGGCGCCUUCGCCUGCGCCGUCGACGCGCCCGUGCCGAGCGAAAGGAGGCUGCGAAGGCUUGCAGAAAUGGGCCCUUUGGGUGUGUCAGUACCUCCUCGUGCUCGCCUACGUUCUGGUCCACACGUGCAUGCACUUGAUUCGCGUCCUGAGCCUCAACAUCGCAAUCAACUCUUCCGAGUCGACAAUGUUUCUGAUCGUGGUGACGAACAACUUUGGGGAAAUAAAGUCCACAGUUUUCAAGAAGCAUGCGCCCACCACGCUCUACUCGAUCGUCGCCGCAGACGUCGUCGAGCGUUUCCAGCUCUGCUGCGACGCAUUUAUUGUCUCGCUCAAACUCGCCACCGCGUCUUCGCCGCGGGCGACCUCCCUCGCUACCGUCUGCUCCUGGCUGUGCGGUGUGUUCCUUCUGGAGAUCGCAGUGGACUGGGUGAAGUUUCUCUACCUCGUCAAGUUCAACAACAUUCGAGCCGCCGCGUUCGACCAAUACCAGCACGUACUCUUGGCGGACGUUCUGCUGUCUCGAGUCCCCCAGGCCCAGGCGGAGCUUCUCCCGGACGGCGGCUUCAGAGUCCCGUGCCGCGGAAUGUACGCCUUCUCUCACAUUCCGACAAGGCGCAUCGGAUUCAUGGAACUCCCCAUCGUCACCCUCAUCAUUGCUUGCUUGCCGAUGGUGUCGUGGACCUCGACUUCGACGCUCGUCUAUGCAGUCCUGGGGUGGAUCUGCCUGUUUGUCUCCAAGGUUUUCCUCUCUCUGAUGAUUGUCGCCUUUGCGACGAAACGCCGGAAGAACCUCCGCUUCAUGGAGCAGUCGUUCGGCGCCGUCAACGCGCUCUAA